AUGAUGGUUGACGAGGUGGAGACGUCGGUGCCAGUAAAGAAGGUGCCGUACGGCGACAUAUUUGAGGCGUCCCGCGCUGGUGAUGUGGACCGGCUCCAGUACCUACUGGAGGCAGGCGUGAACGUGAACGCGCGGGAUCAAUGGGACUCGGUGGCGCUUUACUACGCCUGCCUCGUCGGCCACCUCGAGGCGGCUCGCAUGCUCCUCGAGAAUGGUGCCAUCUGCUCCGAACAUACCUUUGACGGCGACCGCUGCCACUACGCCGCCCUCAAUCUCAAGGUCAGAAAACUCCUCAAGGCCUUCGAGGCCCGGCCCCCGCCGUUGGACCCCUUGCAGGCUGCUUUGCGUGACACCUUCGUCGCCUGUACGCUACUCUACUGCCCAAUUUCAUUUCUUUCUUGUUUAGACUCUAGGGUUUAG